UUCCUCGGCGAACGACUGUGAUUUAUCUCCUCUGCGAAUUGAACAGUCGGCUGAGAAUCCAACCUCAACUCGACAGCCUCCCCCUGCAAAUUCAAAGCUAGUGAAGAAGAGAAGAGAAAAAUGGUGAAAGUGGCCACUUACUUCGCCAUGACAUUAGGCGCCUUUGUUUUCUGGCAAACCAUGGAUAAAGUGCACGUCUGGAUCGCCCUUCACCAAGACGAAAAGAAAGAGAGACUGGAGAAAGAAGCGGAGAUCAGGAGAGUGAGGGAAGAGCUGCUUCAGAAAGCCAAGCAGAAUGAUCCUCUCGCGUAAAUUAUGCGUUCAAGUGCCGGUGGACAUGUUGUUCCUGUUUUCUUUUUUUGCUUUAUUUUUUGCCGAAUUGUUUUAAUUUAGACUCAAUGGAAUUGUGGUCGAAAGCAUAAUAUUGCCUUUGAUGAGCUGGAUAACUCCAUGAAUGUCACGGACGAAUUGGUUAUAUAUAUACAUAUAAUUGGGGAAAGGGGAUUCAAACAGGGGAUUCAAACCUGCUCCUUAGGCAGGGAUAGGCAGGAGAUCAUGUACCAACCAAUGCCUAAAUGCUUGGGUGCCAUGGAUGAAUUGUUGUUUCCUUCUGCUUUAUAAAAUGCCAUCUCUCAUCUAUUCCAAA